AUGCCUUCUGGUGCCAUCGUCACCCUCGUCGAUUAUUGCGCCCUCUCGCCCGAAUCAUCGCGGACAUUGCCCGCUCUCAUUCGCCGCCCCAAUAUCGCAAACCCCAUCCUCGAUCGGCUCGACAGGCCAGCUCGGGGCGGGCGGGCGGACGGCCUGGUCCUCUUUUCCCGCCCUUUGCAUGAGGGGGCGUCCCUCUCUGCGGAGAGAGCUGAGGGUAUUGACGGCUGCAACCCGCCGGCCGAGAAGCUGGCGAUGGGCCUUGAAGAAGGGGACAUGGAGAUGUACGUCCCGCACUACUCAGAGGCCGAGGACAGCUAG